AUAAAUGCGAGCGGGACGUGUCCUCCAGCCAGCAGAGCUGUGAGCAGACAUGCGGCGCGCUGCGGGGCUGCUGGUCUCCUUGUUGACCUUCGUGGAAGGAGGAGCCGCUCAGAUGGAGCCGUGCAGAGCGCGCUGCUCCGGGACGCGCUGCUUCGCUGCGUUCCACCGCGCCGCGGAUUCCACGGCGGCGCGGGACGGAUGCGCGGACCUGGGAGGACAUUUGAUGACAGUGCGGUCCUCGUCAAUCCACGACAUUCUCCCCUUCUUGUUGGGGAACCUGACGGGCCGGUUCUGGAUCGGUUUGCACCUGGCGACCGGCUGCCCGGACCCCGCCGCUGAGCUGAGGGGCUUCCGCUGGGCGACCGGGGAGGUCGGAAGCGAAUUCACGCACUGGCCUGCGGCUUUCGACGGCAGCUGUUCGUCUCCGCGCUGCGUCUCUGUGUCCCAAGAGGACGACUUUGAAUGGGUCCAGGGGCCGUGCGGCGACCGCCUGGCCGGGUUCCUCUGCGAGCACGGCCUCGGUGACCCGUGCGAAGCUCGCACGGACGCGCGGGGAGCGGCCCCGGUGUACACCCCUGCCGCGGGGUCAUCGCCCCCCGGGAGCACCGCCGUGCGCACGCCGCCCGACACCAAGUACUUCUGCGUCUCUGGGAGGUGGCAGCCGGCGCCCCGGAGCUGCGGCGCGCACGAGGGCGUCUGCGAGCGCAGAUGCGCGGAAAACCCCGAGCGCGCGCCCUCCCCCGACCCGCCGACGGGCACGGACGACCCGUGCGUCGCCCUGGACUGCGCGCAGGGCUGCCACAAAGACGGACGCGCCUCCGCGUGCACGUGCGGCCACGGCUUUAAGCUGGCGCGGGACGGCAGGUCGUGCGUGCACGUCGACGACUGCGCGGACGAGCGGCGGUGCACCGGGGAGAACUCCGUGUGCGUCAGCAACAGCGUCGGCGGCUCCCGGUGCGUCUGCGAGGACGGGUACAAGUCACGCAGCGGCCGGUGCGUCGACGUGGACGAGUGCGCGUCCGCUCCGUGCGAGCACAAGUGCGCCAACACUCCCGGCAGCUACGAGUGCGGUUGUUUCCCGGGAUACAAGAAGGACCCGAAGUCUCCGCACACGUGUGCGCUCUUCUGCGGGGAGGAGGAGUGCGCCGCCGAGUGCGACCCAAACAACCGCUUCCAGUGCUUCUGCCCCGACGGGUACGUGGCGGACGAGAGGGGGGGGGACACGGUCUGCACAGACAUCGACGAGUGCUCCUCCGAUUAUUGCGAUGACCUCUGCCGAAACACGUUCGGCAGCUACGUCUGCGCGUGCUCUCCGGGAUACACGCUAGUCGACCAAUUCCGCUGCGUCAAAAACGAGGGGCCCACGGACGAGGAGCCGGAGGGCUCCGGAGAGGCCACGAGCCAGAGCUUUCCCACGACGACGACAGCCACGGCGCGUCCGGAGCCGCCUCGGCGGCCCUCGGCGGUGUCGGCGGGGGGCCUGGCGGGGAUCAUAGUGUGCACCGUGUUCUUCUCCUUGCUGAUGCUGUUCGUGGCUCGUCGCGUCCUCGGCGGCGGGGGGGAGACGCGGAGCGCGCGGGAGAUGGAGAGCGGCGGCGCGCCGAGAGGCGCCGAGGACCACGCGCUCAGCGCACAGCGGGAGACGAGGGGCGCCUCAAGUUCAAGUUGUGGACGCGACAAUACGACGGACCAACAAACCAUUUGUGAGACGGGACUGAUGCUGCAGGAGACAAUGCCGCCAUAAAGAAGUUCACACAAAUAGGUCCCACUGGUCCAAACAGCACACACGCACCAGACGCAAUGUAGUAACACGUGGCAAUAUGCUUUUGUUCAUUCUAAGUUAAGUUUAAGUGCAUUAUUGAGUUAAAUGAAUGCUGCGCUCUCUGCCAGUCUACCUCAUCCACGGGCCGACUGCCCCACCUCGUGGACAAAGAGAAGAACGACAGGUACAUUAGACGAACCCGUCUGCACGGCCCGUGGCCUAAGGAUGCCCGCGUCCGGGCACGUGCACAGACAUUUUGGGGGACAGGGGCCAAAAUGAUUCAGGAAAAUAAAAAUAUUAAUAAUAAAAUGAAUGAAUAGGGAGUGGGAUAUAUUCCCUGUCCUGCUCUAUUUUCUUGACAUUAUGCUUUGUAAAUGAUGUGUUGUACGUAACAACCAAGAGUGACUUACAGAAUCUCUAUAAAGCCGACAACACACACACACACUUGUACUGUUUUCUUUUACAGUUGAAGCAUAAGCAGCGUUACACUAAUCAUGUACCACAAUAGACUGUCUGUAUCUCUCUCCCUCCCUCUCUUCAUUAAACAUGACGAACAAACAGCUA